CGGCUUGAACGUCUCGCAUACGCUUUCGCCUGACUCAGUAGACACAACAUUAAAAACGAAAAAUAUCACAAAGAAUUCUUUGAAAAAACAUUCAAAAUUGUAGUUGAAUCCAAGCCAACCAGUUGUGCAAGAGACGUGUGAGCACAGGGGCCGAUAUUAGAAGGAAUCUUCCCGAACGGAGCCCUAGAUGUGGCAUUGUCCACAAAACUCUCUCGCUUAGAGCAAGUGGAAGUGUUGGUGGUGCAGCAGCAAAAGCAGCAGCAGCAGCAGCAGCAGCAGAAAAGUAGCAGCAGCGUUUUCUGGCCGAGAUCAGAGGAGUGUUUAAAUUGGAGCCCCGCAUGUGGACACGGACUUGCCGACGCUGAAAGGUUACUCCGUAACAACGACACGUAACGGCGAGCGGUUCAAGGACGCUCGGCUGAGACUUAGCGCUCAGCGAAGGGGGACCCGCAAGAGCCGUAGUGCCCGGGCGCUAGGCAAGCCGAAGCCCCUGUCCUUCGGCAGCUGGGUGCGCCGCUCCUCCUUCUGGUCCACCAGUGUCCACGCGCCGCACGCCCACGUCAAGCGACUCCUGCGAAAGAUGGCCGUCAAGCAGAACAACAGCGAGGCUGGCGAGGCCUCAGAAAAUUCCGGAGGCGGCGGGAGCGGUCUGCCCCCCAACGCGAAGCCCAGCCCCUCGAAUGGAUUGAAAAUCAUUGCCGAUGAAAACGCCGCCACCGAAGGCAUGGAAACAGUUUCGCCAGCCGGCGAGUGCUCGGGCACUAGUCGCCAGAGCAAGCGCGACUUCAACACGCUGCUAACCAACCUGCAGAGCCUGGAGCAGGCGGAAGAGACGAUCCAUAUGUAUGAGCGGGUGAUCGUGGACCUGGCGCGCAUGCAGUUGCCCAAGGGGUCUGCGGAACUGAAGCGCUUUAAGGAGGACGUGAUGAAAGUGGGCUCCUAUCUGGCCGCUCGCAACGAGAAGUUCCAUCAGAUGUUCUACCUCCGCGUUGUCUACGAGCUGAUCACCAAGUCCGCCUACGAUCAGGCGCCCUCGUGUGCGGUGGCCGUCGUAUUCAAGCUGUUCGACAACAACCAGAUCCUGGAGGCGGUGCACUCACUGUUGGAGCAGAACGUGCACGAUUCCAGUAUUCGGAAAACCGUGGGUCUUCUCUGCGAAUGGAUAACCUACUGCAGUUUCUGCAGCAACCUGAAUCUCUGGGUGAUGGCCCUGCUCACCGGGUUGCAGGAUCAGGGGAAGCGUGCUCUUCUGGACGAGAUUGCGCUGGACAACAUCGAUAAGCUGUUCCACCUACUCGUCAUUCCGGUGCUGCGGCCAAAGGCCGCCCCGAUAGUUUUCCACAUGCUGUCGACGACUAAUUACACGCCCGAGGUUUUCCACAAGAUAUUGCCAAAGAUCCCCCGUGUGCUGCACUAUAUAAAUGUACAAUCGAGCAAAGUGGACGAGAAUGUGCUGGAGAUUCGCAACUGUCUGCAGCAGCUGGUGGAUCUCACCAGCGCCCUUAUGCUACACUUUCAUGAGCACGACGAGCUCUAUACGCCGGUUAAGAAGGCGCUGCAGACGUAUAACCCCUCGCCGAACUGUGUGGCCUUGGCGCGAGCCAUGCACGAGAGUGCCCAGCCGUGGGGUCGGCGAAAUGCGCGAGUCGGUCUGGUGAACCUGGGCAACACCUGCUACAUGAACAGCGUGCUCCAGGCACUGGCCAUGACAACCGAUUUCAGUCGGCAGAUUCUGCUAAUUGAAUGCGACUCACUGCUACUGUUGAAGGUGCAGCAACAGAUCGCCUUGAUGCAUCACUCGCUGCGCUACGAGUUGACGCCGUCACGAGUGCUAGACGCCACCCGGCCGCCUGGGUUUGUGCCGGGCCUGCAGCAGGACAGCUCCGAGUUCCUAGGCCAUUUGCUCGACCUGCUGCACGAGCAAGAGAUCAAAAGCUCCUCAUCGGACGGUACUGCAAAGCCAAGCAGUUUGGAUAACGACGACUUGCUCAACGAGGACAUCGUGACCAGCGGUGUGAUACCCUACAACAGCAAUGAUCAUGAGCUCAGCAGCGGAUGCAGCCGCAGCAAGACACCUGCCACUCCGACAGCAAUACCCACCACAGGCACAAACGGCAGCUCACAGCUGCAGGGACAGUCGGCGGGCCUUCCACAGAAGCUAGCUUCCACCAUCGAUAAGACUUUCGCCGGGAAGCUGUCAACCACCUACCGUUGCCUAAGCUGUGGCUGGGAGAGCCGUAAUGAGGACAGCUUCAGGGAGCUUCAGUUAUCCUUUCCCGACGUCAAGGACGACUGCGGAGCCACUAACUACUCGGUGCAGGACCUCAUCGAGUAUUUCUGUUCGCCGGAAAAGCUGGACGGCGACAAUCAGUACCAUUGUCCGCGGUGCAAGAAACAUUGCGAUGCGGAGCGACACAUCGGGGUCACUCAGGCGCCCAGGAACCUUAUCCUCACGCUCAAGCAGUUCAAGUAUGACCAGAAGUACCACUACCGCACCAAGCUGAUGCACAAGGUGUUUCAUGACGAGAGUGUCACGGUCAAGCUGUGCGCCACCGACUCGCUGCAGGAGAUGUCUACGGUGCAUUACGACCUCUAUGCCGGAGUCGUGCACUCUGGGUUUAGCAUGGACUCCGGUCACUACUUCACGUUCGCGGCGGAUCAGUCGAAGAACUGGUACAAGUUCAACGACAAUCUGGUGACCCACUCGCAGCCAGAGGAGAUGCACAACCUCACCUCGCCCAAUACGCCCUACAUACUUUUCUACAAGAUGUGUGCUCGCUCCAACGAAUUAAACGGUGCGUCCUCCGCAAGCUGCAGUUCGAGCAUAAACGGAGGAUCGGGAGGGGGCCAUCAUAUGGUCUCGGUGCCGAUGUCGCCGCCACUGACGCUGGAGGAAUUACCGCGCCAACUGCGCGACUAUGUCAAGAAGGACAACCAUAUGUACAACGAGGAGUUACGGAUGCAGCGCUACAAGCGAGGCGCCAGCGGCGGGCACAAUGGAUUCGUAAGCCGUCACAGCUACGACGGCGACGGGGAUGACGACGAUGAUGACCAGGAUCUGCCGCCGUCCGGCGGAUGCGGUGGCAACGGUCUGGACAUGAACAUCAAUCGUUUUGUCUACUGAGGUGAUCAAGAAGAGCAAGGGGAGCGUGCAGACUUUAGGUCUUCACUAAACUACACUCACACACACACACAUAUAUAUAUUUAUAUAUAUAUAUAUAUAUGUAUAUAUAUAUAUAUAUAUGUUUAUCCACUUUAUAAAAGGAAAGCGCAUACUAAUCUCUAAAUGUUACGUACAAGUAUAUAUAUAUAUAUAUAUAUAUAUAGAGCCGAUCGAGAAACACAUGA